CUCCUGGUAAAUCUGCACGAGUGAAGAGCGGUAAGUUUUCUGAACAUAAAAAAGAUAAAGCAUUAUGCGUUGGAGAAUACAAGAAUUAGUAUUCCAGUGUUUAAGGCAUUGAGAGUUUGGCUCCUCUUUAAUAAAAGUAAGGUUUGAGUUAAGGAACUUAAGGCUGUUGUUAUUACUGUGACCUCCUUAACUGGAAAAAAUACGCUGAUGAUCAUCCCUCAUAAUAAGCACAGUUAUGUUUAGUGAGGGGUUAUAUAGUGACCUUACUGGUAUGUACCUGUAUUUAAGGGCUUGUUUGUACUUUACAACUUCAUUGGGUGCGAAAUGGGCAUGGAGAUAAAGUGCAUAGUUAAGGCAUUACACAAGCUAGCUAUCCUGUGUCAGGAUAGCGUAACCCAUUUUCAGAAGCACUGUGCUGAACUGUUCACCUGCACGGUCACACCUCUAAGGCAUUACAGGCACUCUAAUUAUGUGAACGUGACUCCAACCAAUCAGUCUGUAGAGCGUUACAUAAUUUGUUAUGUGGGAAUGGGAGUUAAAUUCCAGCAAUCGAUUGUCUGCUUUGAAGUUACCUUGGAUAUAAAAGCAAAAAGUAGUGGUGGAUGAAAAAUUGUGUGCAAGGGGAUAAUAUGUAGGUUGCUCUGAAAGUAAUGCCUCCUACUUAUUUCCACGAAGGGUACAGCAGAUACAAAAAGCAUAACAGCUCUAUUUUUCAGCGUACUCACCAACGUUAGCUGUGUGCUUUUGCCAGCCAUGAUCAAGAACCUGUGAAUCUGUACUAGCAGAGGUGACCCACCUUUGCUACUGUUGAAACACACCACCCACUGUGCUCACAUCUACCAUUCGGUCUCCUUAAAAGUUCAGCAAGUGUUGAUGAAUGCCACUGGGUGGCAUUUUUUCUGCAUGGAGGAAUUAAAUUCCACCCCUUUGCUUCAUCCACACUUCCAUGUCAGACGCCAUUUUGUCAGACUGCCCCUCUGCUGCUGGCUGUCCCAUGGCAACAACGUCUGAAGGCUUGCAAUAAACUGAACUUCUGCAUCUGUGUCCCUUGAAGGCAGAAGGGAGAUUCCUUUCAACCAUGGCAAGCCAGGAUUUACUUGGGAAAAAGCGAGAAUGUCUCCAGGCCUACAGCUGGUGGAGAACUCCACAGAAGAAACGGAAGAAAAAGAACAAAAUAAAACCAGGAAGAAUAGAGUUUGUUAGUGCUACUACUACUACCAGUAGUACAGUCAGACCGGAUUAUUCAAUAUUUGUUGGGGAGCUUACUCCAGAAGUGGAUGACUUCCAGCUCUAUGACUAUUUCCUAAAGAGGUAUCCCUCAUGUCUCGACUGCAAAAUAGCAACAGAUCUGCUGGGAUAUUCCAGACUGAAAGCGGAAUUCCAGCGGUACCAGUCAUACAACUAUAAUGAUUAUUACCAAGAUUAUCAGAACUACUACUCACAGUGGAAUUAUGAUGCGUAUGCUGAGUAUAACUACAACUCCUAUGCUGCCUAUGAUAGCAUGCAAGCUAUUGGAGACUGCUCUUUAGGAGAUGCUGUUAUGGCUCCAGCUGUUUUUGAGGAAUCCUCGGCUAUGGCUGAAAUCAGUGAUGACCUACUUACUGAAGAUCCACAAUUGUAUUUGGAUGUUGAUGAAAUGAACAGACAAUUUAUGGAGACAAGUGAAGAACUCUAUGAUUCGCUUAUGAAUUGUCACUGGCAACCUCUGGAUACGGUCACUUCUGAAAUCCCCUCUGCUAUUUAAGUGUCUUAUAUAGCAUGGCCGUUAUGACCAAGGGAUGCUCUGGACCAACCGCUUCUUUCUAGCGCUACCUCAAAGUAACGUGCAGAUAUAACUCACAGGGAAGACUGAGCAAAUGGUGAUGAUCACUAUCAUUCUGCUGGAUGCAUAUUAUACUUGCCUUUUUGUUUUGGCUCACUUUUAGCAACAAUUAACUUUAAGUGACACAUGUUAAUGGACACUGACUACGUUUGCAAAUAUUUGAGUCAUGAGUGUCAUUAAAGGCCUGUCACUGUUUAGAAAUUGUUCUAAAUAAGAAAAAUGGAAGCAAAAUAAAUAAAGCAGCAUUUGAAUUUACAGAGAAAA